AUGGCAGCUAUCGUCCACCCUGCCACAGUGGCAGGCAGCCCUCCUCGCAGACUCCUCGCAGCUCAUGUUGAUGCGGUUGCAGUCACAAAUCCGACUCGACUAUUCGGCUUGAAACCGAAUGGCACGCACGCUGCGGCCGGCUUUCGAGAAGUGACCUUUGAGGACUUGAGCCGUGCGGUGAACGUGAUGGCAUGGUGGUUAAAGAAGCAUCUAGACGAAUCAAACAAUGAAACCAUUGCAUACCUAGGCAACAACGAUAUCCGCUACAUUGUUCUCAUGCUGGCUUCCCACAAGACCAUGUAUACACUCUUUCUCCCCUCGACUCGUUUGCCAAACGAUGCAUACGAUCAUGUCUUCCAUGCAACCCAGACAGCACGGUUACUUUUCAGUCAGGAGAAGCAACAACUGGUCUCGCGAUUAACCGGUCUCAGCAAGGCUAUCCCCUCCCUGGAAGUGCCCAGCGUUGCGGAACUGUUUAGUGACCAUGACCCGACAGGGUUGCUUCAUUUUCCUUGGACUCCUUCAUUCGAAGAAAUGGAAAAUAGGGUUGCUUUUUCUAUCCACAGUUCUGGAACGACAGGUAUGCCCAAACCAGUAUACCUGACCCAUGGCUUCUUAGGUACUCUGGACUACUGCGCGUUUAUUCCUCGGCCAGAAGGCCGCUCCUUGGCUUUCUUCAACGAUCUAGCCUCAACCGAUCCGAAGACCAAGGACCUAACCCUCUCCGUCACGCCAUAUUUCCAUGUGAUGGGUCUCGUGUCAUUCUUCGAAUCCAUCUUCCACAACAUUCCCUUCGUGGCUAGCCCCGAUCAGCCACUGUCUGUUAAUUUCUUGAUUGACAUUCUUAGCCACACACGCCCGACCGUCACUAUCCUGCCCCCCUGCAUCCUGGAAGACAUGAGUCAGUCAGACGAAGCUCUGACAUGCCUCAGCCAGCUCAAGUUUGUUUGUUAUGGAGGGGCUCCCCUAGCCCCAGAAGUCGGAACCAAGCUGAGCCAGUACACCCAGCUGCGAACCACAAUCGGGUCCACCGAAAUGGGUUUGAUCAGCUCGCUCGUGCCGCAAAAGAAGGAGGAUUGGGGGUUCUUUGAAUGGAAUCCGACCUAUCAGGUCGAUAUGCAGGCCAUUGGAGAUGCAUUGUACGAGUUGGUCCUCCCCCGAGUGGAGAAUUCCCGUGUCAUGCAUGGGAUCUUCCACACAUAUCCCGACGUCAAGGAAUACCGGUCCAGGGAUCUGUAUGUACGACACCCUCACAACCCGAACCUGUGGCGGUAUCAUGGACGAUUGGACGAUGUGAUUGUACUCAGCAACGGAGAGAAGCUGAAUCCCAUCUCGGCUGAGAAAGUGGUGGAGGGCCAUCCGUCUGUGCAUCGCGCGUUAGUUAUUGGCCAACGCCGGUUUCAGACGUGUUUGCUCAUUGAGCCGUCUUUAGAUCUGGCCAUCGACGAGCCGACCUUCAUCGCGACCAUCUGGCCCCUGGUCCAGACUGCGAAUCAAACUCUUCCGGACUAUGGGCAAAUCAUGAAACAUAUGAUUCGACUCGCUUCCCCCGACAAGCCGUUUCAACUGACUCCAAAGGGGACAACCCAGAGAUACGCUGUCAAUCUGGCCUACUCAAGAGAAAUUGACGCAAUCUAUGCCGCGCAGGAUGAACAAGUAGGAGUGAGGCUACCGGUGGAGAUGGAGUACGAAAACUUGCGCAGCUAUUUGCAAAGCAUCCUCUCGUCGCUCACUAGCCGGUCGGAGAUAAUCAAGGACAGCGACGACCUUGAUACGCUGGGUCUCGAUUCAAUGCGCGUGAUCCAACUCAGCAGGAUCCUGCGAAGCUCGGUCAAAGCGUAUAACGGAGCGUUGGAUAUCGAAAGGCUCAACGUACAGGGUAUCUAUGCCCAUCCCACAAUGGGAAGAUUAGCGAAUCUCCUUCAGCAAGUGCUUCAACAAAAGAGAGUCUCUAUCCCGGUCGUGCCCCGCGCCGAGACAAUUACCCAGCUGAUCAGCAAGUACACGGAUGAUCUUCCACUUCGUUCCCCAAUUGCCUGCAAUCUUCCCGAGCGCUCGACAGUCAUCCUGACCGGCUCUACCGGUUCUCUUGGAAGCUACCUUCUCUACGGCUUACUAUGCGAUGCGCAGAUCGCCAAGGUCUACUGUCUCAACCGGACAGAAGAUGCAGCGGAGCGUCAAUCGACCGGUUUCACCCAGAAGGGCCUCGACACUUCUCUGCUGGCUGAUAAAAACAAGGUGGAAUUCCUUCAUACAUCCUUCGGCAAAAGACAUCUUGGCCUCAAGGAUGAUAUGUACCACCGAUUACUACACUCCGUAGAUAUGGUCAUCCACAACGCAUGGAAAGUCAAUUUCAAUCACCCAGUCUCAUCGUUUGAAGACCCCCACAUUCAAAGCGUUCGCCAGUUCAUCAACUUCAGUCUCGAAAGCCGCUAUAACGCCCACAUUGCAUUUAUCUCCUCCAUCAGCACAGUCGCUGCCUGGAAGUCCUCCGCAGACGAGUCCACGGUUCCGGAGAUUCCAAUGGAGACCGUAGAUUCCGCUCUGGAGCAAGGCUAUGGCGAAUCCAAAUAUAUAGGCGAGAGAAUAUGUAUAGAGGCGUCCCGGAGAUCGGAUGUGUCAACGAGUGUCCUACGGGUAGGACAGAUCGCAGGCCCUGAUAGCCAGCUGGGGUUGUGGAAUCCGCAUGAAUGGCUUCCAGUCCUUGUGAAAACAUCUGUUUCCAUGCGCAAAAUUCCCCGGGAUCUGGGAAGUUUCGUGGUCGAUUGGGUGGCUGUGGACGCCCUGGCAAGAAUCACUCUCGAAAUCCUGCACCACCGUCAUCGAGAAGCCACAUCGGCUCCUCGACACGCUGUCUUCCAUCUCACCAAUCCAAGCCGGGUUCCAUGGUAUAGUCUCAUUCCGGCCAUCCAGGAACGGUACCCGGUGGAAGAAGUAUCGCUUACGGACUGGGUUGACGCGCUAGGAUCCGAGCAGGAUUCCUCUUCGGAUGACCUUGUCGACAAACCGGCUCUCAAGCUUUUGAAUUUCUAUAACGGCAUGGCUGAUGGCACCGACUCUCCGAUUCUAAGUGUCGAGAGGUCGAAGGAAGCCAGUCCAGCCAUGGCGUCUCUUGAACCGGUUUCUGUGGCUCAGAUGGCUAAUUGGUUAAAUCAGUGGGAGUUUUGA